AGCUCAGAGGUAGGACGUUAGUGUCUUCUCAGUCCAGAUUGAUUCUGUUUUUUCCCCCAGACAUUGUGUCUGAGAAGUACUGGGUGCUGCUUCUCAGUUCCAGUCAUGGCUACUGGACUCGUUUUGUGGAUGUCCUGUUUGUCUUUACUGUUGGAUGCUAGUGAUGGAUUUGCAAUCUCUAGGGGUGGUGACUAUAGACUAGAUCCUGCUUCCCAAAACCUUGAUGAUGACUCCACUUUAAAUUUUGACCAGGGAGAGGCUUUUGCUGAACAGCUCUCUGGCCUGAUCCCUCCAGCUUAUAUCCAACCUCUAAUAGCCCAGCCACCAAGGAUGGUCCCACUUAAACUGGAGACCGUAUGAACUAUGCCAACUCUCCAGAAGAAACUGCACCAACCCCAGCCAGAAAACCUGUGCAACAUGGAUCCAUCUCAGAAAAUGUAGGAAAAACUUCAAGAAUGGCCUGCCUUCAGGGGAAUGAAUGCAUGAAAUAAAGUCUUUUACAUUGAA